AAUGCUAGUACUAAUAGCUGAAAUAAUGGCAGAUCUGGAUAGCCUAGACUUUGCCGGAAAAAAAACAAUAUGUAAUAUAUGUACUUUAUGUAAAACUAUACAGAAACCAUGGUGAUAUUACCAUAUUGUCUAAUGCAUUCAGUAAACUCGAAAUAGCACUGACACUGAUUGUUUUUUUUUUUUUUUUUUUUUCUCCCUGUCGACAGUACUCAGUGACUUCGAGAAACAGUAUCUAUGUGAAAAAUGGACAGUUUUCCUUUAAAGCAUCAGCUGGGGUGUUUACCUAACACACAUACACAGGCCUAUACUGCACAGCUAUGUACCAGCUAACUACCAUGACACUCAAAACCAACUCAUCUACAUCCAAGCUGGGUUUGAGGCUGCACAGAUACACAAAUGAAAACUUUGUUUGGGUGGGCAAGACACAAUGCUUGAGUGGGUUUGGGGUCAAAAAGAACCAUUGUUUUUAUCAAUGGAUGACUGCAUUAUGCAAUAUGAAAAUGUACUAUUCUGCCUUUGUCAGAUGUGUACAGAAGAAGACAUGGGGAUGACGUCAGGUAAUUUGGUAGAUCACAAAAAAACGUAAAAUCCACAAUUGAUACCUUUUUAAUUUCAUAUUUUUAUUUUAUUUUAUGGCUCCCAUGCUUAUAAACAUGGCAAUUUUACAUAGAAAAUGUCCCAUUUCAGCUGAUUGUUUUGGCCCAUCAGAUAUCAUCUGCAUUAGAUAGUCACUAUUCUUUCCCAUAAAAAGUAGCCUAUAGUGUGUUGUUACAAUAUUUUAACAAUUAACACACAAUUUAUAACUUAUCACAUCAUACAAGCAUGUUUUGUGUUAUAUCAUUAAAGUUUUAGCUGCAGUGCCCUUAUCACCAUCAACACAAAAUCAACAUGCCAGGUGAUUUUCUUGCAAGUUUUGGGUCCAAUGUUGUUGUUUUUUAAUCGUAACCCCACCUAUCCUUGUUAUCUCACUCAGACCAAUCAAAAUUGUUGUUUCUAAUAAAGGACACUUACCAUAUAAUAACAUUGUUGGUGAUUGCCUUCUAAUAUUUAAAGAGCCCAAGAUGUAAAACCAUAUUUUUCCAGUUUUACCUGAUGUCCCAAUUUACCUUCACCCUACUGUAAGUGCAUCUGAUCAAAAUCUUUUGACAAGAAAAAAAUCACAAAAUACAGUUGAUUUCAUUGUCUUGCCAUUACUAAUGUUGUGCAUAUUAUACACAUUAAAACAGUUUGACUAUUUUCCAGCCAUAUCAUAUCAGCACAAAUAACCCCUUCAUAUAGUGUGAAUUUCCAAGAAUGUCUGUUUUAUGUCCCUCUAGCUAUUUGAAUGCUCUAAAGUCUACUGUCUCUAGUGGUUUAACUGUGUAAUGCAACACUGCUGUUUCAAGGAGAGAGACCGGAUACAAGAAGAUGCUCUGCAUCUUCUUACCUUUAAAGGCUACAAAACGUCUGUCAUUUACGUGUUAAAAUAUUUGAUUUUACUGCAAGGACUUGUUGUUUUAAUAUUCUAGGUAAUUAGUGGCGCUUCUUUGCACAAAAACAACUCUGCCUCAUUGCCCGGAAUAAUUCGAAUUCUACAUGGGAUGGAAAUACCUGGGAUGUGAAAUCAAGGACCGCUAAGAUGAUGCGGUUUAUACUGGAUUGCCUUAGGCCGACACGGCAACGGGCUGGCGACAGGGACAUCUCCCUGGAAAAGGUGGACAAGGAGAAGGAUGGCACUUCCAAUCAUCAAAGCAAUGAAAUCCAGGAGCUUCACGAAGAAAUGGCUUGUGAGGAGCUUGGCUUGAAGGAGGAGCAUGAGCAGCGCCAUGAGACUCAAGAGGAACUGGAGAAGCUGGCAAAGCAGAGGACAGAGCUGAAGAAGCAGAUCGAGCUGAUCCAGCAGCAGCGCAAAGAAGAGAGACAGUUGCUGCUUUCCUUACAGGAGGAGCAGGAGGAGUUGGAGCAGAGCGUGCAUGAGUACGAGGAAGAGCUGUCCCGUGCCCAGGGGGAGCUACAGCGCCUGCAGGAGGACAUCACCCAGGCGGAGCGCAAGGUGGAGGGCGCCAGGGUCCGCAUCAGCCCUCUGCAGAACUCCAUUAGCCAAUCGUAUGCCGAGAUUUCACGGGUUGGUGUGUCUUUGGCUCAACAAAGACUUGGUGAGCUCAUAGCCGAGCUAAUUGCCGUUGAGGGACCUGUUGCCAUAGGCAUCAGCCACCAGCAGGGAGGAGAAGAGAUCCACACAGAGGACGGCCCCGAGGAGGGGAGCCAGGGGGACGAGGGGGAGCUGAGUGAACAGGACCUGCAGCUGCACAUCGCAGAUGAUGAGGAGCUGUGCGGCGAGAGCACCAGGGAGGAAGAGCCAGACAGGCCCAAUCCUGCAGACAACCUGAAAAGCAGCGGAUCCUCUUCAUUCACUGAAAUCACACUCACUGAGGUGAAAGAGGAAGAGGAAGGGUCGUCACCCAGGUCUAUCACACCACAGAUCGACUCUCCUGACUUAGAGGAGGAUGAGGAAGAGGCAUCAACCAUUCAGUCCCUCAUGACCCAAACUAGCAGUCGCACCACGCUUGGGCAGUUUGACUUUUAUCAUCCAGACCCCUUCACUGACAAUGACAUGUUCAGAGAUGACUUGUUUCCAAAAGUGGAGGUUGCUGAUUCUACCGAUGGAUUUUUUAGUGAUCCUUUCAAAGGCACUGAUCCAUUUGCAUCUGAUAAUCUCUUCAGCCAGUUUGAAGGAGAAGAACAGUACCCACCUGAUGACCAUCUUGACCAACGUGAAUCUGAGCCUGAACUUUGUGUGCCUGAAAGUACUAACAAUAUGGAUGAUAAAGAGUGUUUCGUUGCUGAAUCUUGUUCCUUCAAUGAAAUAGGGCACAUUGGAGAUAGGUCCCAGGCUGGAGACCAAUUUGACAGCACUGCUACAAACCCUGAUUCUAAUGCUCUUGAAACCAGGGGAGAAUGUGAUGGCUUUGAAAUAAGCAUGUCCAUCUGCUCUGAAUCUAGUCACACAAAUUAUUCCCCAGUUGACCUAGCUGAUCAGAACACUUACAUAACACUUCAUGAGUCAAGUGUCACUGAGAACCCUGGCCCCAUUGAGCUUAGGGAUCCUCCCCUUUUAAGUAUUGCUCUCUCUGGCGAACAAGAACGGAAAUCAGAGGGUCUUGAAUUAAACAAUUCCUGCCCCCUGAACGUUGAUGGUAUUGAUGAGGAACAGUGCGGACCCAUGGAGUAUGUCCUCUCACGCCCACAGGGCAGUGAAGUCCAUCGAUGUGACCCCGAUGGCUCUGAGCGCAGUGGCUCUCCACUGAUGGACACAGGGAUGUACAGCCUAGCAAAGUCCAAGGUUCAGGUUCGUAGACACUUUAGCUGUGAAGCAAGUAUGGCACUAUGCAUUGAGACCUCAGAGGCCACAUCAAGCUGUUCUGAGCCCUUUUGCUAUGGAAAUGACAUAAAUGGGUAUCAGUUUGAAGACUCUGAUGUCUGUGAUGAAAACCAUUUGAAUGUGGAAUCCAGUCAGAGGAUCAGGGUUUCAUCUGUUGCUCCAAAAUUUAGUGAUCAAGAAGGUACUUCUCGUAACCUCAAUAACACCACAAACUGUGAUGGUUGUGUCUUUGAACUUUGCCAUCACUACCCUAUUGCUGCUGAUCCUGACACAUUGAGAGCUAGCAGGGAGGGCUCCGGAUUCAGCGACUGCGCCUCUGUAAAUUCUCCAGCUGAUAACAGUUCUUGUGAUUAUGAAUUUGUGGAACAUAGUCCCCUCAGUCCUCAACUCAAUAAUGGCAAAGAUGAUGACAUAGAUGGAACUGGAAUGAAUCAGAAUAAUCAUGAUAGUCCUGACCUCACCGGUUCAAGCAAGCAGGAAGUCAGUGAAACUCAGUAUCGGUAUCCUGACCCAUUUAGUCCAGAACAAAAUGAAGCUGUCCACUUUAACUUUGUUGGGUUGGAUGAUGGGGAAUGCAAUAUUUUAGUUCCCAUUGAGAGCUUUGACUUAAAAGCAGGUGAUCCUUUUAGUCCAGACGCAGCUGACCUGAUAAGUAUGAAUGCUAACUGUCAGCAGGUAAUAAAUCUAGACCCAUGUCAUCUUGGUCUUAACAAUAUUUCCAGGUCUGAUCCAGUAGGUUCAAAACACACAGAUUAUGAAUCUUUUAGCUCAGAACCCAAUGACAGAGCUAGUUGUGACUCGAGUGGCGGUGAGCUAUGGGACACAAAGGCCUCCAGUUCCCUGGGCAGUGAUGAUUUUUCCAGUCCAGCUCAAAAGAAUUCUCACAUUCCAGACAUCAGUGCUGUAACACACUGUGACAACUUUAAUAGUAAAUCUGAGGACUUUGUCUCCCACAACUGCAAGCUAUUGAUGAACUCGGGACCAUCUGAAUUUAGGGGUCUGAACUCUCUCAGUCCAGAACCGAAGGCUGACUCUGGUGGCUACCAUCUGAGAGAGUAUGAUAGUGGCUGUUAUAAAACCAGCAAUACAGUAAACUGUGACUUGCGGCCACCAGAACUAAUGCAGUUUGAUCCCUUCAGCCCUGAGCCUAGUGAUGCAGAGAUGUGUGAUGUAGGUAGCGAAAGCAACCAUUGUUCUCAAUCUGCAUUCUUUGAAACUGCAUCUAAUGGGCCAAGCCAGUUCUCCUCCUGGGGCUUGGAGCCCAGCAUGUUCACCACCAGUGACAGGAGCCAUAGUUUUGAACAAGUAGAAAGAUGUGAAUACACACCUACUGGAACUAGUUCUGAUGACUCUGUGCGAGGUCACCCUUUUGAUUCAGAGUCCAGUGAGACAACUGGUUGGAGCCUCUCAGAGUCUGAAACGAGUAGGCUAAAUGAUCAGAACCCAGAGGACACUAGAGAGAGAACGACCACCUGCUCUGACUUCUCAGAGCAAGAUGGCUGCUGUUCAGAGCUGAACAAAGUGGCACGUUCAAGUCGCCAUAGUUCUGUGCCUGACAGCAUUGCGGAAAUGUUGUUUGGCCCUGAGCUGAACGCAGCCAGGUUUUAUCCCUGGGAUUUUGAAAACAGCAACACAAUUGUAUGUGACAACCAUAGUCCAGAAGAAAGUCCUGACACCAUCAAAUGUGAGUUCGGAUUAAUUUCAGGUUAUGACAUCAAUGGCAGUGUUGCAGUUAACUCCGGAGCCUCUGAAAUUCCUAACCUAAGAUAGGUGAAUUGUGGGCCUGUUGGUCUCAAAGUGAUUAAGCUGGAUGUUAAAUGCUGAAACUCAUUUUGACAGGAAGAUAAUGAAACAGACAGUGCUUAGCCUAUACAAACCUUUGAAUGAUUAACACUAUUAAACUUUAAAUUGAAUAGUUAAUAAUAUUGUGAAAAGAACAGUGUUGUGCAUUCCAUUGGAGCAGCAAUAGAUUUCAUAGCCGUAGCUGUGAUUGUUUUUUUCUUAUAUCUGCUUAAUUCUUGAUUUGGCCUAAACUAUUGUCUAGUAGCAUUACUAAGGGCCUGACUUCUGUGCCACCACGCCUGUGUCAUUGUUUUGCUCUUCCUGUCCACAGUAUCCACACUGUUAAUACUGUACAUUUUGUUUAAUUGUAUAUAGCCCACUCCACACAUUAAUGUAGGGAUUGGUAAUAAAAUGUAAGUAAGUAGCCUAGUAAAUAAUAAUAAUAUGAUUAAUAAUAAUAAUAAUAAUAAUAAUAAUAAUAAUAAUAGUUUUACCAUCGAGAUUAAGUUGGUUGUAAACAAAAUAAAUUGUGUUUCAUUCAAAA